CCAAUUUCCCAUACUCAUGUCUUUCAAUGUCAUGAUCCAUCGGAAUCCCCCCCCCCCCCUUCCAGCGCUCAACUCAAAGCGGCUGCAAUCAGCCUCUCUGAUUGUAGCUCAUGACAGGGUCGGAAAUCUUCCCAAGCAACCCCCAUCACCAAUCGAUGGCGCAAUAUUUCGAAUGACCAUGGGUGGUAAUUUGCCCAUAUAAGAACUCCAUACUACGGGACUUCCAGGACCUUCCAACGCUCAAACGCUUUACUAGCUGACAACCAUGGCUACAGAUUUUGUGAAGAACAACGAGAAAUACGCAAAGGAUCAGCAUAAACCUAACCUGCCGAUUCCACCGUCUAAGAAACUCCUCAUCGUUACUUGUAUGGAUGCUCGAAUCGACACUUUUGCUUCUCUAGGGCUUGAACAAGGCGAAUGUCAUGUCGUUCGGAAUGCCGGAGGUUGUGCACAAGACGCCAUUCGCAACAUAGUCAUAUCUCAACGACUCCUCGGUACUCGUGAAAUCGCCGUAUUCCACCAUACAGGAUGCGGAAUGUUGACGUUCACCACGGACCAGCUUAAGGAUAUACUCAGGAAAGAUGCCGAUGAUGCGGCUAAAGCAGAGGUGGAUAAGAUCGGUAGUUUUUUGGAGUUCAAGGAUUUGGAAGAGAGUGUGAAGGAGGAUGUAAAGUUUUUGAAAAACCAUCCUUUGGUGUUGAAGGAGACGAAGGUGUCUGGGUGGAUUUUCCGUGUGGAGGAUGGGAAGGUCGUUCAAGUUGCAUGAGGUGGAGUGUUAAGCGACAUGUGGAAACCGAAUGAAUGUGUACUUGUAUCGCCGCCUUUUCUUUUUUCUUUUGCAAAUGAGUUCCCUCCCCACCGUCAGAGACGCACGUUGGACGCAGAAUACCUGCCGUCGACUGCGC